GGUGCACAUACUGAAGCGCAUGCGCAAACUACACGAGAGUUAUUAUGGAUACGAUGUGGGCCAGGCGCACUUAUACUGCCAAAAGAGGUGUCGAAGAUCAGUAUGGAGUUCAACACAAAGCUCUACGGAGGACAUAGAGGGGCAAGGAAAUUCUGGCGCAAUAUGCUGCCCCGGAUGAAAUACCGUAACCCAUCUAUCCCGAUCGAAAUAGCACGACACAACGAUCCCGACGGCCCCUCACUCCUUCACGUUUACACAAGCAAAACCCAACCCGCGACUGGCUCCACAAAUUCGCCCACAGCCCAGCAGUCAGACUCCUCACCACCGUCCGGCACACCGAACCCACGCAAUACUCUCGUGCCUGAUACCUCGAAGCCCACAUAUACAAUUGACAUCAGAGAUCAGUCAGAAAGCGAGAUCUUGGAGGCACUAGUACAGAAGACGGGCGCGCAGCAGCUCGAGCCAACUGAACAAGAACUGGCUGAGAUGAAAGAAAUCGAAGAGUUUAAGGAGCGGUCUGAGGCGGACAGAGUGCAGGUUAGGGAGAGGUUAUUGAAGGAGCGGAGAGAGGCUGAGCUGCUCAAGUUGGCGAGGGGAGAGGUACCGGCUACAAACUAAGCGUGGUCCGGGUAUGAGAAACAUGUGGAAAGACUAUAUGGACUUUCACUUGCACUUGGACUAUCAUGCAGCGGCUUCGAAGCUGAGAUUCUGUAACAUAUGUACAUUGAAUGACAUGCAUACGACGUCAACACGAGACUACUUCUAGCGAUCAUGUCUCUGUGCUCGUCUACAAC